CAUUAAUUAUUAUUAUCGUUAUGUCUUCAAUAAAUACUCAUUGCCUCUGAACUGUUUGUUUUAUAAAAUUGGUCUGGUGAUAAGAGUUAAAACAAACAUAUGUGUAUUAUCUAUGAAACAAACAGCCACCAAGGUCAAAAUAUCAAAUAAAUUAAAUUUGUCUGUAGAUGGAAAUAUUUUAUGUAUCAGUGUAGUGAAACAAAUAAAACGCGUGAAACGUUUUGCGAUAUUUAUUUCGAGAUGUCUUUAAAAAAAAUACUACUGGGCACUGUAUUCCUAAGAAACAGAUACAUAGGAUUAUCUUCAGUUUCAACAAUAACUGACAAAAAAUACAGAUUUGAUGAGAGUGAAGGUUUUUUAUUUAGAACCAAAGGAAAGAUUCUUACAGCAGCUGUCUUCAGUUCUGUGCUUAUUGGAGCUGCUGUUAAUGAACAGAUAAAAGAUAAAAAUGUCAAAUCACAAUCUAAUGAUGUUGUUAUUGAAGCUGGAGAGAAAUUACCUGAUCUUCCAACAUAUACAGCAGAAGAAGUCAGCAAACACGGAGACAAAAAUAGUUUUUGGGUGACAUACAAACAUGGUGUUUAUGAUGUAACAAAAUUCCUUCCGUCCCAUCCUGGAGGGGAACAGAUCAUGAACGCAGGGGGACUCAGUAUAGAGCCAUUUUGGAAUGUGUAUGGGAUGCAUAAAACUCCAGAGAUUUAUAAGUUACUUGAAUCGUACAGGAUUGGCAACCUCCAUGACGACGAUGUAAUAGAUCACUCAGAUGAUGAAUUGUGGGUCAAAGAGCCAGUUAGGGAUAACAGGCUCAUAGUUAAAACCGCCAAGCCAUUCAAUGCUGAAAUACCUGCAAAAUAUCAAAUUAAAUUCUUCGAUACUCCCAACGAGUUAUUUUACGUGCGCCAACACAUGCCUGUUCCAGAGCUGGACGCGGACGAUCACCGUUUGAAGGUCACCGUCAAGGGAUCUAAGAUUCGUACCGAAGAGUUCAGUCUCCGCGACUUGGAUAAGUUCCGGAGGGUUACCACCAGGGCGGCUCUGAUGUGUGCCGGGAAUCGACGCAGUGAGAUGAAUGAGCAGGUGAAACCGGUGAAAGGUAUCGGCUGGAUGGGCGGGGCGAUCAGCAACGCGGUGUGGGGCGGAGUGUAUCUCAGAGACGUCCUCUUGUACAGCGGCGUGGACCCGGAAGACACUAAAGGGAAACACGUUAUUUUCACAGGCGCAGACAUAGACGCGACCGGCGUUAAUUUCAGCACGUCGAUACCGCUGGACAUGGCGAUGAACCCCAGCAGCGGCAUCCUGCUCGCCACCACCAUGAACGGCCACCCCCUGCCCCCCGACCACGGCCGCCCCCUGCGCGUGGUGGUCCCCGGGGCGCCCGCCGUGCGGAGCGUCAAGUGGCUGCAAUCCAUCACCGUCUCCGAAGACGAGAGUCCCUCGCACUGGCACCAGAAAGACUACAGAGCCUUCAACCCGUCCAAGACGUGGGAGACGGCGGACUUCGCCACCGCGCCGCCCGUGUACAGCCUGCCCGUCACCUCCGCGAUCUGCGACCCCGCCGACGGUGACGUUAUCAGUGUCAAGAACGGAGCUGUUCAAGUUCGAGGCUACGCGUACUCCGGCGGCGGGGCGAAGAUCGUCCGCGUGGACGUGUCGGCGGACGGCGGGCGCAGCUGGUGGGAGGCGCGCGAGCUGCAGGCCGACGCCGCGCCGCCGCAGCAGCACUACGGCUGGACCCUGUGGACGGCCAGCGUGCCCGUCGCGACACAACAGAAGGAGGUGGAACUAUGGGCUAAAGCUACUGACAGCAAUUUCAAUACGCAGCCAGAACGAUUCAACGACAUUUGGAACAUUAGAGGAAUACUCAGCAACGCCUACCACAGAAUCAAAAUUAAACUUGUACAUUAAUUAAAAUGUUAGAGAGAGGCGAUCAAAUUUACAAUCAAUCUUUUAUACUCUUUAUUCUCUGUUAAUUUAUUUAUUGUUACGAAUUUCUAAAAAGGGAACCGGGUUGAUAUUAAAAGUAUAUACAUUAAAAAAAAAGCGCAGUUCGUGUGACGUCAUUUGGGGCUAAAAUGAACAUCGCGCUAACAAAGGAUCGUGAGCUCAAUGAACAACGAUUGCCCACGUGUGACAUCACACCUUACGGUUGUGAUUUAACUUGACUUGAUUUUAUUAUUAUUUAUUCGUUUUUAUGUACUAAAUUACAAUAAUAGUGACUGUUUUAUUUUAUAUAUUAAUUAAACAAUACAUUUUGUAAUUGUUCCGGCUUAGGUACUAUAGUGUAAUAAAUGUUUUAAAUAAACAAA